UCUUUCUCAUGCAUCGAUCUAUAUAUACACCUAUUCCACCCUUUCCCUCCAUUUCUUGAUCAACCAUCAAAGUUUCACUCAGGAUGUCUUAUCCUUGCCCAUUUCUGAAUAAAAUGGGAGCCAUGAUUUGUUGUCUGACUAAAGCAAACAAAUACAAGAAGUUGGAUAGGAAGAUAGAAAGGAAAUUAGUUGAAAUCGAUAGAUCUUCUUCUGCUGGACAAAGAGCUUUCAAGUCAAUUGAUAGAGUCGUUAUGCGGUUCCCUCAGAUCAGGGAGGGACUCAAAACAUUAGAAGGAAUCUUUGAACAGUAUGAUGAGGACUCUAACGGAUCUAUAGAGUACAGUGAACUAAAAAAGUGCUUUGAACAACUGCAAAUUGAUCUACCAGAGGAGGAAACUAAAGAUCUUUUUCAUUACUGUGAUAUUGAUGGAAGCAAGGGCAUACGGUUUAAUGAAUUUAUCGUUCUUCUAUGCCUCAUCUAUCUUCUAGAAGAAUAUUCAUCCUCUGAUAAUGUGGAGUUAACACAGCUGGGAACAAUUUUUCACACGAUAGUCGAAGUCUUUCUGUUUCUAGAUAAUGGUGAUGGCAAGCUAAACAGGAAGGACGUGGACAAGACCCUGAAUGAGACUUACCCUUGGGAAAGAUCCCCAGCUGACGUCACUAAGAUCAGAUUUAAAGAAAUGGACUGGGACAGAAAUGGGCAAGUCACUUUCAGGGAAUUCCUCUUUGGCUUCUUAAAAUGGGUUGGGAUUGAUGAGGAUGAAUUGAAUCAUCAAACAGAAGGCCAUCCUGCAGAGAUGACUCACUGAUGUUAGGCUUUGUUAAAUAUAUAUGACUUUGACUGUUAUAAAUAUGCUGGUGUACGGUUAUUUAGUUCUAUAUCUUUCAUGCAUCGUCUAGCGUUUGAACCUUACUUGAAAACACGGUGUUGUAUUUGAUCAUAAUUGUACCCUUUA